UAUAUCAGUAAUUACACACGCAACGUCGCACGCGGGCAUGCUGGGACGGAAAUGUGACGCUAAAAGCGCGACCACACGGCAGCUGCGAUGCGACUCUCGGUCAUUCGGCAACACACGCUCAUCCACACGCACCCCGCCCCCCUUAAUUACCUACAGCCCGCCCUCUCCCUUAAUAGUACUUGAUGCACGUCUCUGCCGGCGCCUUGCAGCUUGGGAACUUCCCGUCUGGACACUCCUCGGUGAAGGGCCAGGUGAUGGCCUCAGGCCGCUGUCCAGCCACCUGCUGGGCGGCGGCCUUCUCCCCCGCGCCUUUGCCGCUGACAGGCUUGCUGACGCCAUCGCUGCAGAGGAGCUCGUACUUGUCCGGGCAAAUAAUGUUGAUUUGGGUGACCGGCGGGGUGGCCUCGGGCACGUUGCAGCUUCCGUCCUCGAGGAUCUUGUCCGUGAAGGGAGGGCAGCUGCACAGACGCGACGCAACAGACGGCCGGGAGUGCAGAAAGUUGUUCUCUUUCUCCCCUGACUCUACCUCACUCACUCUUACUCACCAGGAAGCCACGCCGCUGACGAGAUUGCGCAGGGUCGGGAAGGGGCAGGCCACACACGCCUGCAUCUGGCCACCACCCUCUCCGCCCUCACCACCAGCAUAGUCCCCCCCCUCGUCCCACUCGCCGCCCCAGUUCCGGUGCUUGCCCAGUCUGCCUUGGUUCUUCCGCCGCAGGAUGAGCCCUCGAUGCGACGGCUCACCGGCGGCAAACACCACGGCGGCCAAAAUGAAGAGGACAGGGGGAUAGAGCGUCAUCAUCGCUGCUGCUUCGACUCCCGGGGUGCAGAGGCCUGCACGACUCGUCAG